AGCGAAAAUGGACUCGGCUAUAGUACAACACUUGAUUGACAAUAUCCUUUCAGCUGUUGCAACAGAAGCGUCGCUGUUAACGGGGGUUCGAGAUGCAAUUGAAGAUGUCCAGCAUGAGUUGACGAGAAUGCGAUCUUUUUUAAUAGAUGCAGAUAAAAGGGGAGCAAGCAGUGCCGGAGAGGAAACUUCGCUGACACAAGUGAAGAACACAGCAUAUGAUGUUGAAGAUGUUAUUGAUAUGUUCAUGUAUCACAUCAAUAGCCACCACAUUGGGGGUCGAUUUGCUUGGUUCCUUCACCGCACAAUUUAUAUUCCAGAGACUCUUUGCGUGAGGCAUAAAAUAGCCAGCAAGUUACAGAAAAUCAAUAAUACAAUCAAGACCAUUUCAGAGUUAAAUCAGAAAUAUCAUGGUGAGCACAUAGAGCGGAGCAGUUCAGAAGAUAGUCUCAAAUGGGUUGUGCGGCAUGCUGAAUCAUCUUUGUUUGUUGAAGAAGAUGAACUUGUAGGGGUCAAAGAUAAAAGAAAACAAUUAAAGACGUGGUUGAAGGAUAGAGAACAACAGACUGUCAUUUCAAUCCUCGGGAUGGGAGGAUCUGGCAAGACCACCCUAGUUGCCAGCACCUACAACAGUGACGCUGUAAAGACACAUUUUGAUUGCUAUGCAUGGAUCACUGUCUCCCAAACAUAUGAUGUAGAAGACUUACUGAGGAGCAUGAUUAAGGAAUUCUAUGAGUCAAGGAAGGAAACAAAUCCAUCAGACUUGAGUUCCAUGAACUACAGACUGUUAGUAGAAAUGCUGGUGAGCUACUUAGAGAAGAAGUCGUAUCUUCUUGUCCUAGAUGAUGUUUGGGACACAAAUGUCUUGGACGAACUAAAAGUAUCACUUCGAGAGAGAUAUCCUGGGAGCAAAAUCAAGAACAAAUUCUGGAGCAAAUCCAGGAGCAAAAUCAUCCUUACAACUCGUAAAGAUGAUGUAGCUGGCCAUCCUUUUAUUGGUAUACCUUAUGUUCAUCAUAUUCAAUUGCUAGAACCGGAAGAGGCGUGGGAACUCUUUUGCAAGAAAGCAUUCUUAAGCAGUCCAAACAGAAGCUGUCCGCCAGAACUUGAAUCUUUUUCUAAAAAACUUGUGGGAAAAUGCCAAGGCCUACCUCUUGCUAUAGUGGCUUUGGGCAGUCUUAUGUACUCCAAGAAUACGUCUCAAUGGAAUCAAAUUCAUAGUAGCUUGAAUUGGGAUCUAAGUAAAACUCCUGAGCUAGAAGCAGUGAAGAGCAUUUUGUUGCCUAGUUUCAACGAUUUACCAUAUCAAUUGAAGCAUUGUUUCUUAUAUUGCUCUAUUUUACCUGAAGAUCAUGAGAUUCGAAGAAAAAGGCUCAUUAAGCUAUGGAUGGCAGAAGGAUUUGUGGAAAAAGUUGAAGGGUCCACUCUAGAAGAAGUAGCAGAUAGCUAUCUAGUAAAACUCACUUUCAGGAACAUGCUUCAAGUUGUAAAGAGGAAUGAAUUUGGAAGGCCACAGAGAUGUAAAAUGCAUGAUCUUUUGUGAGAGCUUGCUCUAUCAAUAUCAGCCAAAGAAAAGUUCGGUGUUGUACAUGAUGGAGGAGAAG